UUUGAAAGCUGAGCAACUUGGCGAAAUACCACUUCUGACAAUCAUUACUUUUUUCCCCUUCCUGUCUUAGACUACUGCAUCGAUAAGUGACUGAAUCAUAUCGAAGUUUUUUAAUCUAUCAUCUUUCGAAAGGAAGAAGAAACGAAGAACCUAUCUAUAUAUAAUCUACUACACGCCUCAGUUCAACAAGAAAGAGAGAAAAUGGCUAGGCGUGGUAUGAUACAUGUCCUCUUCGUAAUCAUUUUCGCCCUCACAAACACUUCAGACUCUCUACACCAAAAGCCUCAAGCUUUUCUACAACCUAUUCUUAAAGACAUCACCACAAAUCUCUACUACUCUCCCUUAUCCAUAGGCGCCAACGUGCAUAACAUCAAUCUCGCCAUCGACCUGGAUGGCUCCGCGCCAUUGUUGCUAACCUGCGCCGCUGCCGCCAAAUCCAGCUCUUACCACCCUAUCAAAUGCGGUUCCUCUAGAUGCAUACAAGCCAAACCUGACCCUCUCUCCUGUCCCACCAAUACCUCCAAGAAAACCACAUGUCACAAGUCCUUUUCCACUUCCUUCACUGAGAAACCCCUCAAAGCUCGUCUCCUCCGAGAUACCGUAUCUUUGCUAUACACCGACAACGGCUUCACCUAUAUUGGCGGUGGUAUCGAUAUGACUAUGACUAUAGCUUGCACCGACGUUAACGUUGACCCCUUAGUUAAACCCUUCCCGUCGAUCGUUGUUGGGACGUUGGGUCUCGCUAAGACCCAUAUGGCGCUUCCUUCACAGGUCGUUUCUUUAUACAAACUCCCCAUGAAGGUGGCUCUCUGUUUACCUUCACCAAACUCUGGAGAGUCCUCUGGAUCUGGUUCUCUUUUCAUUGGUGGUGGUCCUUACUUCAUGGCACUUUACCCUGAAGAUAUCUCAAAGAUCUUUGCCUCAACACCUCUACUUCCUAGUGACCAGUCUCGUGGUGAGUACUUCAUCGAUGUGAACUACAUCCAAAUCAGUGGAAAGAUUGUUCCAUUUUCCAAGAAAAGCACAAAGAUCUGCACUUUGGCUCCUUACACGGUCUUGCAUAGUUCUAUAUACAAAGCUCUAGUCCUAGCCUUCGCGGAAAAAGCCAAGAUGACUGAAGUUCCGGCAGUGAAGCCUUUUGGUUCAUGCUUCAGCUCAAAAGGACUCGGGAGGUGGAUGAUGGGAAGUCGUGUUCCUGUGAUCGAGCUAGUGCUGCGUGGUGGGUCUAAGUGGAAGAUUUACGGAUCCAAUUCCCUUGUGAAGGUGAGUAAAGAUGUGGUUUGCUUAGGAUUUAUGGACGGAGGUAUGAAUCUGCCGAUGGACAUGAUAAUCGGAGGUUAUCAGAUGGAAGAUAAUUUUGUGGAGUUUGAUGUAGAAGCUUCUAAGUUCUCUUUCACUUCUUCUCUUUUGCUUAUUAACUCUUCUUGCUCACAGUCGAGACACUUCUGAUUCGAGUCUUGUCUUUGUUUGGUCUGUAAUGUUUGAAGAUCUGCAAGAUUAUCUUUGCUUUUGAAAUACGACAGUCAAACUAUCACAUAGCA